AUGCUUAGAUUCUAAUUUAAAAAUAGAAUUCUUUCUAUGCAUUUCAGAAUUCUUUUAAUUAAAAUAUUACAGUUUAAUAAAUCUCAAUACCAAUUACAAAAGUCAUACACCUUCAUUUAAAUUAGUUCAAUCAUAUGGAACUAACAAUUAAAUCAUUAUAUUUAAUAUGAACGUCAUCCUUCGGAAAUCAGUUUUAAUGUAGAGAUUUCUCAGAGUAUAUUAAAUAAUCAAUAUGUAUUUGAAGUGUGUGUAUUUUUAUUGAACUAAGGCAAAUUGAAUAAAGAUCUAUAAUCUAAUCUUAUGGUCUUAAUGGAUAGAUAUGAGAAGAUGGAGGUGAUUUUGCUGCUUGAAAUUUAGGUUGCUAAAAAAGAAUUUAUUUUCACUGUUGUGAAUAAUUAGAUAUUUAUACAGUAUUAACUAACUUUUGAAAUAAAUGUAAUAUGUCUUAAAAAAUAACAAUUAUUUCAACAGAUAUUUUAAUUUUCAUUACAAAAAUAAUAACUAUAUGACUGA